GAGAGAUUUCUUCUUCGGGCCGUUCAAAGUCUGAGAGUCGCGGAAAGCCAGUCGGAGUUUGCCGUACCUCAAAAAUCAGAAUGGUAAGCCGACCUUCUCUGCCCGUAAUUCUUUGGCGAGCAGCCAUCUCACUAUUGCGCAAUGUCCAGGCUCCCGUCCGAUCGGUAAAAAAGCAGGUGCAUCGUAGCAAGCCGGGUGCGGGCAGCGGAGUCGCUCUUCCUAAGCCCUCGCUGCUUGACGAUGACUUCCGGACGACGAAGAAGGAUAAGCGCUUGAUCAAGCACUCAAGCUUUGUAUCGAAAAUCGAGAAGAACUCUGCCAAAUCGAACAAACGCCGCCGAGCUUCCAAGAAACUUGUUGCCAACCUUGAAUCGCUGGCCGAUGCCUUACCUGCUGCCGAGUCGGACCCGAACGAUCCCAGUCAAGUUAACAUCAUCAAGCAGAAGACUUUGAAGCACAGACCAGGUGCCAUGAAACGCAAGGAGAAGCUUGAAAAAACAGAGCGAGAUCGGUUUGCGAAGAAUAUGGCACAAAUGUCGAACAUUCAAGCAGCACCUACGCCGAGCUCAGAACCAGCCGCCGACUCAGUGCCAAAUCGAUGGGCAGCUUUGCGGGGCUUUAUUUCCCAGACAAUGGAACAUCAGCCCGCGUUCAAGAACAAGUGA